AGCAAACUUUGAAUUAUCAAUCCACGAGUGUCUGCCUAUCGUGAUACGUUAGUUUGGGAUUAAGGUUGCUUGUGACGCUUUGGAUGGGGCAACAAAACGGCGCGCUUAAGCUAUCCUUGACUCGCGUAAGCUAGGGAUUGUACCUUUAACCUUCACACUCAAGUGGUCGGGCUGUCCUUGAUAACCUCCGUUGCUGGUAAUCCAAAGGCAACAGAAAUCCAUUAAACUCUUGCUACGCUGCUGACACUUUACUUAUUUCGCUCGUCUGUUGAGUCCUUGAUCGAUAUCGCUAAAGGCCAAGGGCCGUACAAAAGUUCCACAGCAGGUAUGGAUGAACCGGCGAACUUCUUUAGUAGAGACAUCCAGGAUGACGGGAAUGGCGGGAAUCAGUCAUUUGAUAGCCGUUAUAUGAAGGAUUCGAACAGCUAUUACCAAAAUGCUUCACCUGAUACUAAUCUAGACCAUUCCUCCAUUCAUCCACUGUCCGACCACACUCAUCGAUUCAACAACUUCUCAAUGGAUUCAAUUUACGUUCAGCCCUCGAGGAAAUGUUCAAACCGCCGUACCAAGCCACAGGCAACAAUACAGCAGUUCAACCCGGCCAGCUCCGAAUCCCCCGGCUUAUCUAGCGGAUCGUCGGACACGCCGGAGUCUCACUCAUCGCAACACACUGUAACGCCUGAAAACGGGUCUGGUGCGCAUAGCUUUCUGGCCCCGGAAUCCCCUCCUUCUAAAAAGAGGAAACACCGAAGCAAGAAAGAUAUGGAACAAGGAACCGAAGCGGCCAAACGAAACCGGUUCUUAGAGAAGAAUCGAGUUGCGGCAACCAAGUGCCGUCAAAAGAAAAAGGAAUGGGUAUCGGACCUAGAAGAGACAAGAUUUGGUUUAGAAAGCCAAAACAACCACCUUCAGAUGGAAUACAGCAGCCUGAGGAACGAAAUUACACAGAUAAAGUCACAACUCAUGGAGCAUGCCGGUUGUAACGACCCCAAUAUCGAUAAGUGGAUCGAGAAUGAGGCAAAGAGAUUUGUGGUGGGAGCAGGCGAACGGUACGAUCAUAUGUUGGCCAACUUGGGCCACGCCCCUGGAUUGACUAAUCGGCAAGAAAGCUUCUCUUCAGCUUCAGGAUACCCAGGCGUUCCGGAUUCGGAACUUAUUAGCCCAGUGGCUUCAUCACACAGAGGAAGUAUAUCAUUUCCUCCCGGGACCAUGAUGCCGAACUCACCUGGUUUAUGCCGUCCAGACCUAACGCCAAGUAUGCCAGAAGGUAUGGCUUCUAUCCCAGCUGAAGAGUCAUAUUCAACAGGUCAUUUGCCUAAUUCAAUGUCUGAAGACAUUGCCGGGUUUGAUGGCGUAUCGAUGGGAAACGAAGCGUUCCAGAGCUCGGCAAUCCCCGAAUGUUGACAACGAUUCACGGCUCAAAGAGAAUAAGCUUGUGCCGUGGUACGACAUACGCUGUGCUCAUGUAUCAGAAUACCCAGUGAGCUUCUUACGUCCGCCACUUAUUCUCAUUGGCGUCUGGAACCCUCGAUUGGCACGUGCGCCAGUGCGUGUCAAACAGCAACAUCGAACGGUGAUCUAGUAGAAGGACUGUUAUGCAUUUUCAGCAUGAAUGAUUUUCUGGGCCAUCUCUAAGUGAGUGUUCAUAUGGUAGGAGUUAUUUACGAAACAGGGCGCUUAUAUGCGAAUUUCCGUGGGAACUCGGGUUGCGUAAUGAGGGAUGUUUAUCUAAGACCCAAUCUCAUUACACUCGGAAGUGCGGAAGGCAUUCAGGCUCAAGGUUAAUUAAAUGGGGUAAGGAUGGGCUCUUCUAGUAAUGUGUCGUGUCGAUAUCAAUCGAGUCGGAUGGGGAAAAAUAACGACGGAAUGAGACUACGAUCGAUUCGGAACGCCCUCGUCGCCGCGAGUGCCGGAUAGGGCCGGCUGCUCGUAUCUUAGCACUAAUACGUAUUGGCUUUGUUACGAAACGGCGUUGAGCUAGGUAACUCCAACAUGGGAGAAAUAACAUGGAUGCCGAGCAGAAUACAUUGAUUUCGACUUUGAAUUAAAUUUAUCAAGAGUAUCGAUAUC